CGGGAACCGUCCGGCGCUGCCCCGUCCCCGCAGCCGCGGCACCGGGAGGGACGGGGCGGUGCGGCUGCAGGGCUGUGGAACGGAGCCGGUCCCUCCAGCCCGAGCACGGCUCGCUCCGCCCCCGCCCCCUGCUCCUACCCCUGCCUAGCCCAUCCCGGCCCAUCCCUCUCCGGGGCGGUGUCGCGCAGAAGCAGCAGCGACCGCGGCGGCGGCUGCGGCGCGAUGGAGGGCGGCGGCGCGUACGGGGCGGCCAAGGCCGGCGGCCCUUUCGACCUGGGCCGGUUCCUGCAGCAGCCGCAGGUCCUGGCGCGGAUCGCCAGCGCGGUCUUCGCCCUGGUCGUCUUCUCCUGCCUGAUCGGGGAAGGCUACAGCAACUCGCCCAUUUCCUCCGAGCUCUUCUGCAUCUUCAACCGCAACGAGGACGCCUGCCGCUACGGCAUCGGCAUCGGCGUCCUCGCCUUCCUCGCCUGCAUCUUCUUCUUCAUGGUGGACAUCUACUUCCCCCAGAUCAGCAACACCACCAACCGCAAGUACCUGGUCCUGGCGGAUCUCGGCUUCUCAGGUCUCUGGACGUUCCUCUGGUUCAUUGGCUUUUGUUUCCUGACUAACCAGUGGACGCUGGCUGAGCCUGUGCUGAUCGGGGCUGACUCGGCCCGUGCCGCCAUCACCUUCAGCUUCUUCUCCAUCUUCUCCUGGGGCCUCCUGAUUGCCUUUGCUUACAAGAGGUACAAAAUGGGAGUGGAGGACUUUGAUCACAGCUACGUCGACCCCACCCCAGAGGUCUCAACUCCGUACUCCAGCUACCCCAACAUCAGCCACGACAGCUACCAGCAGCCGCCCUUCACCCAGACGGCAGAAGCCCCGGAGGGGUACCAGCCCCCGCCCGUGUACUGAGCCCCUGCCCGGCGCCGGGCUCUGCCAGUGCGGUUUCUCUGCUGCGGGGUGGGCGGGGAGGGAUCUGC